GGUGGAGGGAGGCGAGUGGGUGUGACGGCUUAACCCCUCCUGGGUGGAGAAGCUCGUUUGCCUUCCCGAGCAGGGAUCCCCGCUCCGUUUUCUUCCUUCCAGUUUUAAGAAUCGGCCAGUGGAGCUGUCUCUGCCAUGGCUAGCAAGAAAGAGCACAUUAAAAUCACAAGUGAGCGCAAACCUGGCUUCCUGGAACGCCUCAGUGAGACCUCUGGGGGCAUGCUCGUGGGGCUUGCCACUUUCAUAUUGUCUUUCUACAUUCUGUUCACCAAUGAGGGCCGAGCUUUGAAGACAGCCUCAUCUCUGGAGGAAGGACUUUCUCUCGUGGUUCCUCUUGACAACAUCCAGAAUUUAUUGCAAGAGAAUGAUAGAAAACUUGUACACCUAACUGGCCCCCUUCGAACAUCAAAGCCUUUAUACGAUCCCAGCUAUGGACUUUCUAUCCGGGCUGUCAAACUCAAGCGUCAAGUGGAGAUGUAUCAGUGGGUAGAAUAUGAAGAUUCCAAGGAAUAUGAAGAGGACGGUGAAAUGAAAAAAGAAACCAGAUACUCGUAUAAUACUGAAUGGAAAGCAGAGGUUGUGAACAGCAAAAACUUUGAUCGAGAAAUUGGUCAUAAAAACCCUAGUGCCAUGGCUGUUGAGUCUUUCACAGCCAUUGCUCCUGAUGUACAAGUGGGCAGAUUCUUUCUCUCCAGAGGCCUCAUUGAGAAGAUUGAUAACUUCAAGCAGAUGAGCUUGUCGAGACUAGAAGAUCCUCAUGCUGACGUGAUCCGCUCAGGGGAUUACUUCUUUCACAGUGAAAACCCUCGGCGUCCAGAAGUGGGAGAUCUUCGUGUUUCAUUCUUCUAUGCAGGUUUGAGUGAAGACUCAUCCCAUUUGGGCCCAGCAGAUAUGGUGACGGUAAUUGCACGUCAACAAGGAGACCAGUUAGUUUCGUACCAAACGAAAUCUGGGGAUGCUUUGCAGAUUCUUUAUCUUGGUGAGCUGUCUCCUGAGGAGGUCUUCCAGAAGGAACAUGCAAGUAACAGCAUGAAAACAUGGGGAUUGCGUGCAGCUGGAUGGUUGUCUAUGUUUGUAGGCAUCAGCCUUAUGACCAGAAUUAUUUACACCUUGGUGGAUUGGUUUCCAGUAGUCCGGGACCUGGUUAACAUUGGCCUGAAGGCAUUUGCCUUUUGCUUAGCCACUUCUCUGUCCCUGCUGACCAUUUCAGUAGGCUGGCUCUUCUAUCGGCCCCUCUGGGCAAUACUGAUUGGGUUGCUGGCGGCCGUUCCCAUUGUGCUCGCAAGGUCCCGGGUUCCACCCAAGAAGCAACAGUGACAUUGUGGAGAACAUGUCUUGCGAUUUGCUUGGGAAUCUCUUCAGAAGAAUGGAAGAUCUAGAGCUUCCGUCAUAUCUAAAGCAGUGAUCAUCGAGUGUAUGUGCAGGUCUAGACACCCUUUGACUUCCCAGUAUAGAUGGAACAGUGGACCUCCGUGCAAAAUGUUUGUACCGUUUUUUUUUUUAAAUAAUGUGAUCAUGUGGAAAAAUGGACUCUGUGGCAUAGAAAGUUCUUAUGCCUAACAUUAAACACAGUUAAGGGAAAUUGACUUUAUCACUUGAUUAAAACAUCUGCUGGUCCUGUUUGGAAAAUACAGGGAUAUGUGCUCUUGAUGGGGACCACAUCAGGUUUUGCAACCCAUGUAAAAUCGUUUCGCUUUCAGUGCAUCUUUUAUUUCAAACAGUACUUUUAUGUAUUUUUUUAAUGCAUGCAGUGGUUUGCAGUUUCUACCUGAUCUUACUUCAUUUGUCUCCUGCUCGUCUGGCUCUAAUCAAGUUUUUUUAUGUACUUUAUCUAAAGAACCUUGAAUGGUACAAGGGGUGAAUUUCCCACACCACCUUGGUUAACGUGCUUACCAACCCUUUUCCCUCAUCUUUUUGAAACUGUUGUAUUCCGCCUGGAAAGGUAGGACAGAGUUUUGUCCUCUCCACUUCUCUUUCUUUAGGAAUAGCACCAAUACAGUAAAUGCUGAAUGAACUCAGUGGCAUCUGUGCUUGAGAUAAGGGGGUUAGUUCACAUUAAGAAUUAUGCCUCCAAAAACCUUUUACGCUUUUAAGAACUUAAUUGGGAAACUGGGACUGAACUUGUAAACCAGAGCUGGGAAAUAAUUAGCCCACCACUUA